AUGAAGUUGCUUCAGGGUGGAACGUUCAUCAUAUUUGUUAUAGUUUCAGUAUGUGCAGGAAAUCCUGAUGCAAAGCGUUUAUAUGAUGAUCUACUUAGUAACUACAACAAAUUGGUUCGUCCGGUUGUUAAUGUUACAGAUGCAUUAACAGUAAGGAUUAAGCUUAAAUUAUCACAGCUUAUAGAUGUGGUAAGUAUUAAAAAGCGCAGUUUUCUUUCAACUUUUUUCAUUAUCAUUAAACAUUGCUCCAUUGUUUCUUCUAUUUUAUUUGAACGCUACCAGAAUUUAAAAAAUCAAAUAAUGACAUCAAAUUUGUGGGUUGAACAAUCGUGGUAUGAUUACAAACUUAAAUGGGAUCCAAGAGAGUAUGGAGGUGUUGAGAUGUUACAUGUGCCAAGUGAUCAUAUUUGGAGACCCGACAUCGUUUUAUACAACAAUGCCGAUGGUAAUUUUGAGGUGACAUUAGCAACAAAAGCAACAUUAAACUAUACAGGGAGAGUUGAUUGGCACCCUCCAGCAAUCUAUAAAAGUUCAUGUGAAAUCGAUGUCGAAUAUUUUCCGUUUGACGAGCAAACUUGUGUUAUGAAAUUUGGAUCAUGGACUUAUGAUGGUUUCCAGGUUGAUUUGAGGCAUAUCGAUGAAUUAAACGGUACAAACAUUGUUGAAGUUGGAAUUGAUUUAUCAGAGUUCUAUACAUCAGUUGAGUGGGACAUUCUUGAAGUUCCUGCUGUGAGAAAUGAGAAAUUUUACACUUGUUGUGAUGAACCUUAUUUGGAUAUAACCUUUAACAUUACAAUGCGACGAAAAACGUUGUUUUAUACAGUCAAUCUCAUAAUUCCUUGUAUGGGAAUUAGUUUUUUAACAAUCCUUGUGUUCUACCUGCCAUCGGAUAGCGGAGAAAAAGUAUCGUUGAGCAUAUCCAUUCUUUUGUCAUUGACUGUCUUCUUCCUCCUGUUAGCUGAAAUUAUUCCGCCAACUUCUCUUGUCGUUCCAUUAUUGGGAAAGUUUGUGCUAUUCACAAUGAUAUUAGAUACAUUUAGUAUUUGUGUCACUGUAAUUGUUUUAAAUAUCCAUUUUCGUUCGCCACAAACACACACGAUGGCUCCUUGGGUACGCACCAUUUUCAUAAACAAUUUACCUAAAUUGCUUGUUAUGAAACGUCCCAUGUAUGGAGGCUUAGAUCAAUACAGCUCUGCAUCACGUCGAUUUAUGCUAAGGUCUGGAACUGGACUUGAAUUACGUCAUGAUAUUCCUCCACUUCCACCUCCUGUAUCGUUCCAUGGCUUUGAUCCCAGCAUUUUACUCGAUCAUCAUAUUCUAGAUCCAAAUGACAGAAACUUAGAGACGAUUAGCAUAGGUACAUGUCGGCUUCAUGGCAGUCCCAAAAUGUGUCCAUCAUUGAACGUCUCUCCACACCAUCGGCUUCAUCAUCACCAUCAUUUGCAUUUGCAUCGAUCUCAUAGCAGAGUACAAAGCCUUGAUUUAAUGGACGAUAUUCCACUGCCAUUUCAAACGGAUCAACAUCAUUUGAAUAUUUUAGUCCAAGAGUCACCAAUGUUGUCACCAAAUCCACCGCCAUCAGUUGUUGAGAGUAAUGGACAAGCUCUUCUAUCCCAACCACUUCUAAAUAUUGAAACAAAUACAACACUAGCCAGUGAUGUGACUUCAUCGGUCACACAUCAAAAUAAUAAUAAUAUUUUAUCAAAAACUAACGAUUUUAACAAAACAUCAACAACAACCACAACUAAUGUGAUAAUAAAUAAUAUUAAAACAAAUACCAUGACCAUCGGUUUGACCAAUCUUGAAAGCGGUGUCAUACAACCACAAACGACAAAAACAUCAACAGAAGCUGAUGCUGAAAAUAAAACAGAGAAAACCGAGAAAACGGAACCUAAUUGUUUAAGGAAUCGUUGGCACACAUGUCCUGAAUUACACAAGGCAAUGGAUGGAGUAACUUAUAUUGCUGAUCACACAAAGAAAGAAGAAGAAAGUACAAGGGUGAAAGAAGAUUGGAAAUAUGUAGCGAUGGUGUUAGAUCGCUUAUUUCUAUGGAUUUUCACAAUAGCUGUUGUAGUUGGUACUGCUGGAAUUAUUUUGCAAGCGCCUACACUGUACGACAGUCGAAUGCCAAUUGAUGUUAAAAUGAGUGAAAUUGCAGCAACAACACAAAUUACGAGACACGCGAGACCCGUCUUAUAA